AACAAGGAGAGGGGCGCCGGCCUCAGUCCUCCUCCCCAGUCCUCCUCCUUUCGCCAGGCACCUGCCGGGGCCACCGGAUGGGCAGGAUGUCAGUGCCCUGGGGCAACACCAGCUCCCCAGACAGUCCCCUGCAGCAAAGCCACAGCCUCCCCGAGCUGCUCUCCAUGGUCAUCCUGAGCUUCACGCUGGUCCUGGGGCUUCUAGGCAAUGGGUUGGUGAUGUGGGUGGCUGGGUGGAAGAUGCAGAGGACGGUGACCACCGUCUGGUUCCUCCACCUGACGGCCGCUGACCUCCUAUGCUGCCUGUCCCUACCCUUCUCGUUGGCCCACCUGGCCCUCGGGGGCCACUGGCCCCACGGCCAGCUCCUCUGCAAGCUGGUCCCGGCCACCAUCGUCCUCAACAUGUUUGCCAGUGUGUUCCUGCUGACGGUCAUCAGCCUGGACCGCUGCCUCCUGGUGACGCGGCCGGUCUGGUGCCAGAACCACCGCGGGGUACGGUUGGCCACUGCAGUCUGCGGGGCCGCCUGGGUCCUGGCCUUUGUCCUCUGCCUGCCCAUCCUCCUCUACCGGGAGACCUAUGUGGAUGGGCCCCUCUGGCGCUGUGGCUACAACUUUGGCCACCACGCCUCUCUGGACGGCCUCGAGGACACCGGCCUCAUGGACAUCGGCCUGGUGGGAUUCUCCGACUCUUCUCCUCCUACUCCAGAGAUGGAUGAUCUUGGAACACUGGAUGUUCCCCUCAGGGCUCGGGAUGCCCUCCUCACAGGCUCAGACUGGCUGCUAGGGUCCAGCCUGCCCUGGGACCCUCUGGAUACUAAGGCUGGACAUCCCAGUUCCAUUCCAAAUCCUGACUUGAGUCCUAGAGGUGACCUUCUCCCUACAGAGAUGCCCAGCCAGCCCCCUGGUGAGCUUGACCUUGACACGGACUUUUGGGAUGACUUGAUUAAAAUCUAUGCUGCUGAGAGCCAGGUGCCAGGGCCUCUGGUGGCCAUGACCCUGACCCGGUUGGGCCUGGGCUUCCUCGUCCCACUGGCCAUCAUGGUCGCCUGUUACUCGGUCACUGUGGUCCGGGUGCAGAGCAGCCGCUUCGCCGUGGGCCAGACCCGUACAUUCUGGCUGGCCACAAGGGUGGUGGCUGCCUUCUUCACCUGCUGGGCCCCGUACCACCUGGUGGGUGUCCUGUCCCUGCUGGCCACACCAGACUCCCCAUUAGAUCAUGCAGUGGCAGCCUUGGAUCCGCUUACCCAAGCUCUGGCCUCGGCCAACAGCUGUAUCAACCCCCUACUCUAUGCACUGGCUGCGAGGGACUUCCGGGUGCGGGCCCGGCUGUCACUGCGGAGCAUCCUGGAGGCCGCCUUCAGCGAGGGGCUCAGCCACUCCUCCACCUGCCCCCCAAGCCAGGCUGUUGCACUGUCCAUAGAUCCCCUUGGCACGGAGGUGUGAGGCCAGGGGCCUGCACCCUCCCCAUUCCCCAGGGAGCCCAUCCCAUAGGACACAAGGGUGGGGAGGAGGCUGUGUCUGGGGAAGAGAGGGCUGCAAAGCCACUGUCAGGGGAAUCAUGGUCAGGACCUAGAGGGGCUGGCGACUCCAAGGCCAAGACCUAGAGUUUUCAAGGGGCUGUGGAAACCCCAGAACUUCCUCCCCAUUCCCAGCAGUCUGCCCUGCCCCAGGCCAGCAAGGCAACAGCAUUACCAUCCACUCCAUACCCACCAUUCUCUCUUAAUCCCAGUGUUUCCCAUCACUCUGAAAACCUGUUUCCUUUAGGUCUGACCCCAUGAAGGCAGGGGGCCUGAAGUCCCCAGCUCUGCCCAAAGAG